CGAAACAAUGAUGCUACAGCUGCCACGAGCCUUGGCCAGCUUCAAGGUCGCCAUCCUGGAGGUCAUCGCCAUGGCCUGCAUCGGAUUGGAUAAGCCCGUCCAGAAGUUGGAGGGACUCGGUUUCAUAGACAUGCUCGCUCACGGUGACGACGGAAUACAAAAAGUGGCACUUGAUAUCUGCGUCAAGCUCACCACAGUGGCCACUGAACAAGACUGGCACGUGCUGCUGCCCGUCAUCUGCAAACUGCAGGUUCACGCCAACGUCAGCUGCAGGAAGCUGGUGUACGACGUAUGCAUGCGUCUCUACACAAAGUACAGGUCCAGUGAGAGAGGGGCAGAUUUGAUGAAACAGGCGAGGCGUGUGCUGCUCUUGGGCCUGGGCGAUGCGGAUUUGCCAUUGAGGCUUUUGGUGGCAAACUUCUGGUGCCAAGAAACUCGGCUGCCCCGUGCCACCACGGAGCGCCUUGUUGCCCUGCUAGGUGACAUGUACCUGCCCGAAUCGGAAGAGCAGUUUCUGUCGUCGUCCACGUUUCUGCUGCUGGAGCUGACUUCGCGCAGUCCCGACUACGAUCGCAAGGUCUUCCAGCAUCCUCUGUCGGACUGCACCUUUGUGGACUAUGCGGUGACGGGGUCCUGGCGAAGGCGGCAUGCGGCGAUGACGCCCCUGUUUGCCGAGACCCUGUCAUUUAGUCAGACACAGUCAACGUCUACACAGUCCUCCACCACCGACGGGGUCACGUCUCAGAGGCUGAGGGCCACGCAAGCAACACUGCAGUUCACACCAACGCAGCAGACGGGUGCUUCGGGGGAGUCGAACACUUACAACUGGCUCACACAAAGCACCCACGAGCCUACCCUGCCCAUCGAAGACAGGAAGCAGCCACGAUCUGCGACAAUCUUGCAACCGGCUCCCGACAAAGUGGCAGACCCUAAGCACGGAGGCUCUACUAUCGGCAAAGCUGAAAGCCUACGGUAUCUCAGGAAGCGGUUCUUGCGAGACGACGAGCAGACCCGACUUCAGCACAUGCGCAGGGAAGUUCGCCGUAAUGAAACUCGCAGGAAACUCAGGACAGAACAGCGUGCUCGCCGGGAGGCAGAGGUGACCUUGUACCGGCGAUACCGCAUGGGCGAUUUUCCGGACAUCCAGAUCACGCAUGCGGCCUUGAUUGCUCCCAUGCAAGCUUUGGCCCAGCAAGACCAGCAAGUUGCACAGAUGCUGUUAGCCAGCGUUGUCACAUCUACGCUGUGUGAAUCAAGGCGAGAAGGGUCGCCGCUUUCCAAGCAUAAGGACGAGCUAUGCAGAGGACUGCGUGGUGCGCUGGCAGGAAUCCUGGAGGGGAGCUUGCGAUGCUUCCCUCCGCUUGUGGCUUUUGUGCAGGAAGUAGCCUUUCAAAGUGCUUCAGAUCUGGAACUUCCAUCAGCUGCCAUUUCGAGAGCGUCUAUAGCCAGUGGCCAUCAAAGCCUUGGAAUCCUUCUCUUGGAAGAAAUGAAUCGUGCCAGCAGCCUGUCGGCAGAGACCAAAGCACCACCAGCCAAGCGAUCGAAGAAAGAGGAUCGUCCAGAUGAAGAAAUGUGGAUGCAACUAGCUGAGUUGUACAAAUCUCUUGGAGACUACGACGCUGUGCGUGCCUCGCUGGCUCUCUGCAAGGACGUCGGGCCGGAGGCAAGGAAAGCCCUGGAGAAGGAGGCCCAAGGGGACUACCAGCAGGCCAGGGAAAUCUAUAGACAGCUUGCUGAAAGCAGACCUCAUGGUGCAGAUGGCUUCACUUGGGACGACGCCAUACUUCAGUGCUGCUGCCUUCUGGGCGAGUGGAGGGAACUCCAGAAUGAAGUCGACGCAAGGCUAGAACAGUGCAGCCCUUCGACAUUGGACAGCCUCUGGGAUGGAGGUUAUCGGCAGGAGCAUUACUUGCCGGUUUAUGUGAAAGCCCGUGUCAAGAGCAUUCUCGGCGAAGACGACAAUCAGCAGGGCUUCCCGAGCGUCGUACGGGAGUGGAUGGAGGACUCGAGCAGGAACCGCUUUUUAGAGGUAGAAUGUUGCCAGGAACUUGCUCUUCUGAGCCUGUCGCAGAAGGACACUUGCCGGGCCGACUACUACAUCAAGUGCCUUACAGAACAGUUUCUGGAGGAUUGGAGCAGCCUGAGCGUCCUGACACCGGCUCUUAUCGAGGGCAAGCUGGAAUGCCUGCUCCCGCUCACCGACCUCACGUUGUACUUGAACCACCUCAAGCGUUCUGAUAGUGCCGACGAUUUGGUGUCAAGCUGGCACUCUAGACUUCCCAGUAACGCGGACUCUGUGCUUCUUUGGAAUGAGAUCAUUGCCAACAGGUGCUUUUUCGUGAAAUCGCUCAAGCAUCCAGUUCCCAAGGAGAAGGCGCUGCUCCUGAACGCCUUUGCCAAUGCUAUGCUACAGCAGGAGAAUGUCCCAUCUGCGCUCAGGGCCGUUGUCGAAAUCGAACAGAUGAGGCUUUCGGGACAGCUUGGGGACUGGGCAGACUGGCGUUACGUGGAAACGUACUGUGCCAUGCUCAGGAGGGCCUCGGAGAAUGAGCCCCUGCCCAAGCAGAUUGCUGCGCACAUGCGUAUGCUUGACAAAGUCGAUGCAGCCGCUGAUGACAUGGCGCUCGACGUUGUGCACAGCACGAAGUACAAGAUGCUGAAGGGGUGGCUGAUGGCGGGGCUCUCAAAGGUCUUGAGGGCUGGCGGACAGAUGACAGCUGACCAGAAGGCAGCACUAAAGCUCUCCGGCAGCGAGAAGCAGCCUGUCACGAUGCGGUCAGUCUGCGACGAAGCACUCCAUCAACAUCUCGCCGCCAUCGCCGUGGAAGAGGUAUCGCCGGAGUUGAAAGCCGACGCACACAUGAGCCUGGCCAUAUUCUGCAGCAGCAUCUUGCAGGCAGAGAAAACUGGUGAGCCUUGCCUGAAGCGGUUCGACGAGUGCCCGCAAAUUCUGGUGGACGCCUUGCUGAGCGCCAUGCGUCUGGGUCACAGCCAAGCAGCCGACAUGUUUCCUCAACUCUUGCUGCUCCUACAGAACUAUCCGUCCUGUGGGAAGGCCUUCGCUGCUCAGUGUUCCAAGGUGCCCUGCUGGAUGUUCCUACGUUGGAUCAGCCAGAUUCUCGCCCUCCUCGACAAAGAAGUGGGACCGUUCCUCUUUGACAUUGUUGACAGCGUGGCACGUCACUACCCCAAUGCCCUGAUCUAUCCUUUCCGUGUGAGCUCCAGCGCUUACACGUUCGAGUGCCCAAAGACAAAGAAAGCCUGUCAGAACUUUGUUGGCCGCCUGCAACAAGCCAUGGAUAAAGUUCCGCUUGUCAAUGACUUCAUCAAGGCUUUGGAACUGCUCCAGUUUCCGGAGAUUGCAUUCAAGGACUGGUACGAGUCUGUGAAGGACGCCCUGAACGAAAAGCAAGGCCCCGCAUCGAUCAAGGAGCUGUUUAAGAAGAUUGUCUCGCAGCUCCUGGUGUGCAGCCGUGAUUCCUCAAGACGUUCCUCGUGGAGUCGUGUCUAUCAGCGCUUUUCCGAGAAUAUGAAAGAAAAGGUGAUAGCUGCCUUUGGUACUCAAGGCGAGAAACUCGCUGCCAUGACACCAAAGAAAUUUCAAGAGCAGUAUAACAGGCUCAUGAGUGGCUACAAGCCCAGCGAAGCUCCUAAAGCACUCAAGGACAUCUCCCCAUGGCUCAGCCACUUCAGCUCGCUCGAUCAGGAGCACAGCCUUGAAAUCCCAGGCCAGUAUACAGGCAAGGGUAGGCCGAUGCCGGAGUACCAUGUCAAGAUCUUUGGUUUCGACGAAAGUAUCAGGGUGCUGCAGUCCAAGCAGCGUCCCUGCCGCAUCACCAUCCGAGGGGACGACGAGAAGGAGUACCGGUUUUUGGUGAAGACCGGCGAGGACCUCAGGCAGGACGACCGCAUCGAGCAGAUCUUCACGGUCAUGAACGACCUGCUUCGCAAGGACCCCGUGUGCCGUAGCAGGCACCUGCAGCUCGUCACUUACAGCGUUGUUCCGCUGACGCACAGGGUUGGACUAAUCCAGUGGCUAGACGACACCAUGGUGAUGGAAGAGUUCCUCAGGCAAGGGCUCACAACUGAAGAACAGGAUGACAUAAAUAAAGUCCCAGGCAGCUACAAGCUUCACAGCGUGGACGAUUACAUGAAGGCCUACGAGACGCAGUCCUGUUCGAAGGCUGCUACGUCUCGCUACUUAAGCUGCCUGCGGCCAGCAAGCAAGCUGGCUCUACGGAAAGCCCUGCUCAGCCUUAGUUCGUGCCCAGAAGCCUUCUUUGCCCUGCGCUCCCGUUUUGUCAGUUCGCACGCUACCAUUAGCAUUGCUCAUUGGGUGCUGGGCAUCGGGGAUCGCCACCUCGGCAACUUCCUGGUCGGCACCAAGACGGGGCUCGAGAUCGGCAUCGACUUUGGCUAUGCCUUCGGUGUUGCGACGCAGUUCCUACCUGUGCCUGAGCUGAUGCCCUUCAGGCUGACCCCCAUGUACAUGGCACUUGUUGAACCCUUCGAGAAGGGAGGUACCAUGGCCUGCUCCAUGCACUACACCCUACAAGCCCUGCGCAGUGGGUCUCGGUCCCUGCUCGACAUGAUGGACGUCUUCGUGCAAGAGCCCACCAUCGACUGGCUGAGGUUUGCGAAAAGGCAGAGUCAGCUGGACAAAGAACGCAAAGAUGAGAAGAAAGGCCAGGCUACUGCUGCGCUGGACUGGUAUCCACGACAAAAAGUGGACAUUGUGCGCCAAAAGCUGGAAGGACAUCAUCCAAGCUACAUCCUGCGUGACGAGUUGAAACUCGGCAAGGGCAACAACUCUUACUUUGCCAGCAUGGAAACCGUAUGCCUCGGUGCCAGCGGGCCCCACGGUGAGUUUCGGCGUCAGUUCUCCGGCACGGACAAGCUUACACCUCAGCAGCAGGUGGAAUGUCUCAUAGAGCAAGCCACUGACCCGGCAAUCUUAGGGCUGACGUGGAGAGGCUGGCAGCCAUGGCGGUAGUCGCUUCCACUUGUUAACUGUGAUUGUUUUGUUUCUUAAUUAAGCCAUUGCAGUAUGGGUUUCAGCUUGCUAACAAUGAUUUGUUUGUUACAUAGUAAUUUGUGUGCAUAUGCUAUUUCAUCGCGUUUUAGUUUAUCGCUUUAUGUACCAAUUCAGAAGACGCAUUCCAUCGGUAUUAAGUGGUGUCGUGCCAGCACACCCUUCCUUUUUUGUAAUAAAUGUUGAAAACUGAAGGUUUUGAAA